AUGAAGACUUUUUUAAAACCAGAAUUAUGUACAGUUUUGCCUCCAAGCAAACCUUAUGGUAUUGGUGGCGAGAAUGAUCUCAGAGGCGGGAGUUUGGGGAAAAGCGGAUUUGCUGGACUCACCUCCCCAGGGGCUCCACCGCCGAGUCCGCUGCCUGAGGCCGCACCCAUGUCCCAGCUGCACAGUCACCAUCGGACGUGCGGCCUCACCCCGGCCGCCGGGCCGUGUCGGCAGUGGAGCACAGGCGGUGCCGGUGUGUCCGGGGAGGGGGGCGUGAGGAUGUGCCCAGAAGUGCACCUUCCCCCGAGGCUGGGGCUGCCUGCGGGGCCUCCCCUCACCAUGGAGCCCAGCUAG